AUGUCAGCAGAAUCAGCGCAGCUAGCACAGCUUUUAGAGCAGACGAUCCUGAGCCCCGACGCUACGGUGCGUCUGGAGAGCGAGACCCGUCUGAAAAAGCUGUCCAACGAGAAUUUUCUACAAUUUGCCGGGCUGCUAGCACAAGUGCUGGCAGACGAAAGCGCACGGUUGGAGGCGCGGAUCCUGGCCGGUCUGACGCUCAAAAACGAGCUUGUCAGCAAGGACUCCGUCAAAACGCAGCAAUUUGCUCAGCGGUGGCUCACACAGGUGGACGACGCUUCGCGCCAACACAUCCGGCAGUUUGCGCUCAUGGCGCUGGUGGCCAGCGAGCCCCGUGUGGCCAACGCGUCGGCGCAAUUGAUCGCCGCCAUCGCCACCAUCGAGCUGCCCCGCGGCCAGUGGCCGGAUCUCAUGAAAAUCAUGGUUGACAAUACCGCCGCGGCCCAGCCGGAAAACGUCAAGCGGGCGUCGCUGUUGGCGCUGGGUUACAUUUGCGAGGCCGCCGACCCUGGCAGCGAGACCUUGGUCGCGCAAUCCAACAACAUCCUGAUUGCCAUCGUGCAGGGCGCGCAAGUGAGCGAGCCCUCGCGUUUGGUGCGGCUCACGGCUCUGAACGCGUUGGCGGACUCCCUGGGCUUCAUCAAGAACAAUAUGGAGCGUGAAGGUGAACGUAACUACCUAAUGCAAGUCGUGUGUGAAGCCACCCAGACGGACGACUCCGAGAUUCGCGCCGCUGCCUUUGGGUGUUUGUGCAAAAUAAUGUCUCUUUACUACUUCCUCAUGAAGCCUUACAUGGAACAAGCCCUGUAUGCGCUCACGGUGUCCACAAUGCAGUCCCAAGACGAGAAGUCUGCCUCUAUGGCUGUGGAGUUCUGGUCCACUAUCUGUGAGGAGGAGAUCGACAUUGCAUACGAGCUCGCUCAAUUCCCUCAAUCUCCUUUGCAAAGUUUCAACUUUGCUUUGACUUCCAUCCAGGAAGUGGUCCCCAAUCUGCUAAAUCUGCUCACCAGACAAAACGAGGACCCAGAGGAUGACGACUGGAACGUGGCCAUGUCGGCAGGUGCCUGUUUGCAGCUGUUUGCGCAAAACUGUGGCAACUACGUUGUUGAACCAGUGCUCAGAUUUGUUGAACUCAACAUUACCAGCGACAACUGGAGACAACGGGAGGCCGCUGUGAUGGCUUUCGGUUCCAUCUUGGAUGGCCCAGAUAAAGUUCAACUAACCAACCUCAUUCACCAGGCCUUGCCUCCGAUUUUGAAUCUGAUGAAAGACCCCACUUUGCAAGUUAAGGAAACAGUUGCCUGGUGUAUUGGUAGAAUUGCAGACCUCGUUAUUGGAGCCAUUGAUUCCCAACAGCACCUUCCUGAUGUUAUUCAAGCCUGUCUCCUUGGUUUGCAAGACCAUCCAAAAGUGGCCACGAAUUGUGCCUGGACUAUUAUUAAUCUGGUAGAACAAAUGGCAGACUCUCAGGGUUCCCCCAUUUACAACUAUUAUCCAGUCUUGGUUGAUGCUUUGAUGAAAGCAGCAAACAGAACUGAUAACGAACAUAGCGCAAGAGCUUCCGCCUUUUCUGCACUAACGACCUUGGUUGAAUUUUCCACUGACCAAGUCGCAGAGUCUGCUACUUCAAUUUCCUCCUUCAUUUUGGACAAACUGGGCCAAACCAUGAGCGUCGAUGAAUCUCAGCUACCUACAGAGGCUAGACAGAACUUGGAAGAAUUACAGUCCAAUGUUCUCGGUGUCUUGUCAGCUGUUAUCAGGAAAAAUCCGGCUUCUGUCACGUCGGUCUCGGAUAUGCUGAUGGAUCUCUUUUUAAAACUCCUUGAUAAAAAGGAUACUGGUUAUGUGGAGGAUGACGUUUUUUAUGCCAUCUCUUCCCUUGCAGCUGCAUUGGGUAAGGGCUUUGAGAAAUAUUUGGAAAGGUUCUCCCCAUAUUUGGUCAGCGCUUUGAAUCAAGUGCAAUCCCAAGUGGCCAUUACCGCUGUUGGCCUGAUUGCCGAUAUUUCUAAUUGUUUGGAGGAAGAUUUCAAGCAAUUUGCCCCAGCUUUCAUGAACGUGUUGGGCCAAAUGAUUUCCACCGACAACGCUAAGAAAGAGUUGAAACCAGCAGUCUUGUCGGUUUUCGGUGACAUUGCAUCCAAUAUUGGUCCUGAUUUUAUCCCAUACCUAAAUCAAGUCAUGGCGCUUUGCGUUGCCGCUCAAAAUACCAGACCAGAGAAUGCCUCUCUUGAGGCAUUGGAAUACAAUGUCAAGGUCCACGAGGCAGUGCUUGAUGCUUACGUUGGUACAGUUGCAGGGCUACACACUAACCCUGACGCUCUCUUCCCAUACGUUGGUACCAUUUUCCAAUUUAUGAGCCACAUUGCUGAUAAUCCAACUCUCAAUAGUGAAGACUCUACUGCAAGAGCCGCUGUUGGUAUUAUCGGUGAUGUCGCAGCGAUGUUCCCCGACGGUAGAAUCAAACAAUUUUACUCGCAAGACUGGGUUACUGAAUUCAUCAAAAAGACUAGAAGUAAUCCUUCCUUCAGUCAAUCGACUAAAGACACCGCCAGAUGGGCCAGAGAGCAACAAAAGUUCCAAAUUGGACUAUGA